ACACAGCGUAGGGUAGACUUUGGCUGACUUUAGUUAUGAUGCAUGCUACGACCAGUUUUCCAUCUUUGUGCUAAGGUAGAAACUGCUUCAGCUUUGGUUGUAAAAGCUUCUUCACUUCUUCUUUUGCUUUUCAAUGCAUUUUGAUCCUUCUUGUCGGAUUUUAUUCUUCUAAAGCAUAAUUCUAACUGUGGCACUCCCUCUAACACUGAUUCUCCCCACUGCUUUGAUGUAGUUUGUUGUUGUUAACUUUCAUUUUACGUCGCUUAACUUCUGCUGAAGUAAAUUUUGUCAAAGUUGACUCAUGGUUUCCUCUCAAGUAUUUCUUGUGUUUCACUAAGUCUGAAUUCAGAACCCCAUUAAAAAAAAUGGUAUCAUCUUCUUCACAAACUCAGUGCACACACUACAAACCAAGAAGGAAAAAAAAGAGAUGAGAUUUCACUGGGGUUACGCUUUAUAGAACACAAUAAUCUCGUCGUAUGUCACUAACUUGAACCUGUAAUGCAUUUCCUGCAAGUGUUUUCCGUUUACAGCGAUUACUAAUUAGUAGAGGGGUACGUAAAGUCUUUCAUCAAGAAAAUGGCAGAUGAUAUUGACUUGAAUGGAGGUUCUGACAGCAAGCAAGAUUCUAAUAGCAAGGCGAAAGAUGAAACUGCCAAAACAGUACCCUUGUACAAGCUUUUCUCAUUUGCUGAUCCUUUGGAUCAUUUAUUGAUGUUUGUGGGGACUGUGGGAGCUAUCGGGAAUGGAGUCUCCAUGCCCUUAAUGAAUCUGAUAUUUGGAAAUAUGAUCAAUGCAUUUGGAGGAUCCAAAAACUCUAAAGAAGUUGUUGAUGGAGUUUCCAAGGUGUCUCUGAAACUUCUAUACUUGGCUGUGGGUACGUUGUUUGUGUCACUUUUGCAGUUGACUUGCUGGAUGAUCACUGGGGAUAGACAAGCUGCAAGGAUUAGAGGCUUAUACCUUCAAACAAUUUUGAGACAAGAUGUCAGCUUCUUUGAUAGGGAAACUAAGACUGGAGAGGUUGUUGGAAGGAUGUCAGGUGAUACUGUUCUUAUUCAAAAUGCUAUGGGUGAGAAGGUGGCACGGUUCAUACAGUUCCUGGCAACUUUCGUUGGAGGUUUUGUAAUAGCAUUCAUCAAGGGAUGGCUUCUAACUGUUGUCAUGAUAUCUUGUAUUCCACCUCUUGUUCUGUGUGGCGCUAUGAUAAGCCUAUUUAUUGCAAAAGCAUCAUCCAGGGCACAAGCAGCUUAUUCUAAAGCAGCAAGUGCAGUAGAGCAGACAAUAGGUUCAAUCCGAACUGUUGCAUCAUUCACUGGGGAGAGAAAAGCUAUAGCUAAAUAUAACCAGUCCUUAAUCAAAGCUUACAAGGCUGGAGUGCAAGAGGCACUAGCUUCUGGUUUGGCGUUUGGUUCUCUCUCUUUUGUUUUUACCUGCAGUUAUGGCUUGGCUAUAUGGUUUGGUGCAAAAAUGAUAAUAGAGAAAGGAUAUACAGGAGGAGAUGUUGUGACAGUAAUUCUUUCUGUGUCGGCUGGCUCCAUGUCUCUUGGGCAGGCAUCUCCAAGCUUGAGUGCUUUUGCUGCUGGACAAGCUGCUGCCUUUAAGAUGUUUGAAACAAUUAAGAGGAAACCAGAAAUUGAUGCUUAUGACACCACUGGUCAGCAACUUGAUGACAUUCGCGGAGAUAUAGAGCUUAGGGAGGUUUGCUUUAGUUAUCCUACAAGACCAGAUGAACUGAUAUUCAAUGGAUUUUCCCUUUCAAUGCCAAGUGGCACCACCACAGCUUUGGUAGGAGAAAGUGGGAGUGGGAAGUCCACAGUUGUUAGUUUGAUAGAGAGAUUUUAUGAUCCACAGGCAGGGGAAGUUCUCAUUGACAGUAUCAACCUCAAAGCAUUUCAACUGAAAUGGAUCAGACAGAAAAUAGGCCUAGUUAGCCAGGAACCAGUUCUCUUUACUUGCAGUAUUAAAGAGAAUAUUGCCUAUGGAAAGGAUGGUGCAACUGAUGAAGAAAUCAGAACUGCAGCAGAACUAGCGAAUGCUGCCAAAUUCAUAGAUACACUUCCGCAGGGACUUGACACAAUGGUUGGUGAGCAUGGAACUCAACUCUCUGGGGGUCAAAAGCAAAGAGUUGCAAUAGCAAGAGCCAUUUUGAAAGAUCCAAGAAUCCUACUUCUGGAUGAAGCUACUAGUGCCCUUGAUGCUGAAUCUGAGAAACUUGUACAGGAGGCAUUGGACAGAAUAAUGAUAGAUCGAACAACUAUCAUUGUAGCCCACCGCUUAAGUACUAUAAGGAAUGCUGAUAGCAUUGCUGUUAUUCAUCAAGGAAAAAUAAUUGAAAGAGGUUCUCAUGCUGAGCUCACCAAUGAUCCUAAUGGAGCCUAUAGCCAGCUCAUUAGACUUCAAGAAAUUAAAGGAUCAGAACAACAUGCUUCACAUGACCUAGACAAGCUAGAAAGUAUAGUACCUUCUGGAAGACAAUCAAGUCAAAGAUCUUUCUUGCAAUCUAUAAGCGAAAGGUCAUCUGUAGUUGGAAGCAUUGGUCAAAAGCAAUUCUCAGAGUCACAUGAUGUGCCCACAAUGGUUGGCUUCUUGGAACCUUCUGGUGGAGGAACUCAAGCUCCUCCUUCAACAGUUUCUUCACCCCCGGAAGUGCCACUGUAUCGUCUGGCAUAUUUAAACAAGCCAGAGAUUCCAGUCUUACUGAUAGGGACUUUAGUUGCAGUAGUAUGUGGACUAUUAACACCCAUUAUUGCACUCUUUGUUUCCAAAAUGAUAAAUAUUUUCUAUGAGCCAGUUGAUGAACUUCGUAAAGAUUCAAAACUUUGGGCACUGCUAUUUGUUGCACUUGGUAUGGUAUCAUUUAUCUUGCCUCCAUGUAGGUUAUACCUUUUUGGCGUUGCUGGUGGUAAGUUAAUCAAAAGGAUCCGGAAAAUGUGUUUUGAGAAAGUAGUUCACAUGGAAGUUAGUUGGUUUGAUGAAGCUGGACAUUCAAGCGGAGAAAUAGGAGCAAGGCUCUCUUCUGAUGCAGCUGCUGUUCGAGCUUUGGUUGGAGAUGCACUUGGUUUGCUGGUUCAAAAUAUUGCUACAGCAGUAGCUGGCUUGGCAAUUGCUUUUGAAGCAAGCUGGCAACUUGCUCUUAUAAUGCUUGCUUUGGCACCUCUAUUAGCACUAACUGGAUACCUGCAAUUCAAGUUCUUGAUAGGAUUCAGCGCAGAUGCAAAGAAACUGUAUGAGGAAGCAAGUCAAGUGGCUAAUGAUGCUGUAGGGAGUAUAAGAACAGUUGCUUCUUUUUGUGCUGAAGAGAAGGUGAUGGCAUUAUACCAGGGAAAAUGUGAAGGACCAAUUAAGACAGGCAUAAGGCGAGGGAUAAUUAGUGGAGUUAGUUAUGGGGUAUCAUUCUUCAUGCUAUAUGCAGUUUAUGCAUUGAGCUUUUAUGUUGGAGCUCGACUUGUAGAUGAUGGAAAAGCUACAAUGUCUGAUGUUUUCCGUGUAUUUUUUGCUCUCAGCAUGGCAGCUCUGGGAAUUUCUCAACCUGGUUCUUUGGUCCCUGAUUCAACCAAUUCAAAAAGUGCUGCUGCUUCCGUAUUUGCUAUUAUUGAUCGAAAAUCACAAAUAGACCCAAGUGAUGAAUCUGGAUUGACAUUGGAAGAAAUCAACGGAGAGAUUGAAUUUAACCAUGUCAGUUUCAAGUAUCCUUCCAGACCUGAUGUUCAAAUAUUCAGAGAUCUUUGUUUGACCAUUGACCACGGCAAGACAGUUGCACUGGUUGGAGAAAGUGGAAGUGGAAAAUCAACAGUGAUCUCAUUAUUACAAAGAUUUUAUGAUCCAGACUCAGGUCACAUUACACUGGAUGGAAAAGAAAUCAAAAGCAUGCAAGUGAAAUGGCUGAGGCAACAGAUGGGCCUGGUGAGCCAAGAGCCUGUGCUGUUUAAUGACACCAUCAGAGCCAAUAUUGCUUAUGGAAAGGGAGGAGAUGCAACAGAAGCAGAAAUUAUAGCUGCAGCAGAACUGGCAAAUGCUCACAACUUCAUUAGUAGUUUGCAAUUGGGCUAUGACACAGUAGUAGGGGAGAGAGGGAUUCAACUAUCUGGAGGACAGAAGCAAAGGGUGGCAAUUGCAAGAGCUAUAGUGAAGAAUCCAAGAAUAUUACUACUAGAUGAAGCCACAAGUGCUCUUGAUGCUGAGUCUGAGAAAGUGGUUCAGGAUGCACUAGACCGUGUUAUGGUGGACCGAACCACAAUUGUAGUGGCUCAUAGGUUGUCCACUAUUAAGGGUGCGGAUUUGAUUGCAGUAGUUAAAAAUGGGGUAAUAGCAGAGAAGGGAAAGCAUGAAGCAUUACUGAACAUGGGAGGUGACUAUGCUUCCUUGGUAGCAUUUCACACAACUGCUUCUACAUCUUAGUGUUGAUUUUAUCCGAAUAAAAUUUAGUUGCUCGGAAUAUUGAAUCGAUUUUAAAUGUCGCAGCAUUAUCUCUAGUGUCUUUAUUUACAUGUACAAUGUAAUGUUUUUUCUUGAAACUAGUUACAAAAUGUUUAUUUUGUUUCUUCUA